UAAACCCCUCACCCUAAUUCUGACCUAAAACCCUCCCCUCUCCUCUCCUCUCCUCUCGUCAAUUUUGUUUGAGCUGCCUCCCUCCCUCGUUCAGUCAAAUCCUCCUCUCCCCCGCCAUUGAAGCUCUGCUGCCAAAGCUCCCUUUCACCCACUGCAAAACACUUUAAUGGCCAUCUCUGCCCAAAAUAAGAGAAAGGGUCCGAAAGCAAACAAGGCUUCCCCCAAAAAGAGGCAAAAGAAAGGGUCUUUCGCCCCUAAAACCCCGAAGGAACCUGAGCUUUCGGACCAUUACGAAAGCUCGGAUGAACAAGAGGUAGAGGAACAACAUGUAGAAUUUGAUGGAGAUGAGGCAGGGUCUGGUUCAGAUUCCGACAGUCUUUUCGGUGAUGAUCCCCUUGCUGAUGAUGAUGCUUCUCUCCAAGGAAGUGACGAUGAUGCGAACGGUUCAGGUUUGGGUUCUGAUUCAGGUUCUGAUUCAGAUGAAUCUGAUAUUGAGAAAAAAUCAAGACUUAUUGAUGAGAAGAGGACAAAGGAAGAAAAAGAAGGUGAAGAGGAACUGCAGCUAAACAUUAAGGAAGAAUCUGAUGAGUUCAGAUUACCAACCCAAGAGGAACUGGAAGAAGAGGCACAUCGGCCUCCUGAUCUUCCAAAUCUCCUGAGGAGGAUAAAAGAGAUUGUUCGAGUGCUCUCAAACUUCAAGGCUUUGAGGCAAGAUGGGGCACCAAGGAAGGAUUAUGUUGAGCAGCUUAAGAGGGAUUUAAUUUUGUACUAUGGCUACAAUAGCUUUUUAAUUGGGGCUUUAGUAGAGAUGUUUCCGGCUGUUGAGUUGGUGGAACUCAUAGAAGCUUUUGAAAAACCUCGACCAAUGUGUCUCCGAACUAAUACGCUAAAGACACGAAGGAGGGAUUUGGCAGAUGUUUUAAUCAACAGAGGAGUAAACCUAGCUCCCUUAAGCGAGUGGUCGAAAGUUGGAUUGGUUGUGUAUGAUUUUCAAGUUCCAAUUGGUGCCACUCCUGAAUAUAUGGCUGGUUAUUACAUGCUGCAAAGUGCAAGCUCCUUUUUGCCUGUCAUGGCCCUUGCUCCUCAAGAAAAGGAACGAAUUGUUGAUAUGGCCGCUGCACCUGGUGGUAAAACAACUUAUAUUGCCGCUCUAAUGAAAAAUAGUGGAAUAAUUUUUGCCAAUGAAAUGAAGGAGCCAAGGCUCAAGUCACUCACUGCUAAUUUGCACCGCAUGGGGGUGACAAACACAGUAGUUUGUAACUAUGAUGGCAAAGAGCUCCCUAAGGUUCUGGGAGUCAACGCAGUUGAUAGAGUUCUAUUAGAUGCUCCUUGCAGUGGGACAGGGGUUAUAUCUAAAGAUGAGUCUGUUAAAACUUCUAAAAGCUCUGAUGAAAUUCAUAAAUGUGCUCACCUGCAGAAGCAACUGAUACUUGCUGCCAUUGACAUGGUGGAUGCAAAUUCAAAAUCCGGGGGAUACAUCGUGUACUCCACGUGCUCCAUUUUGGUUGCUGAGAAUGAAGCAGUAAUUGACUAUGCACUCAAAAAGAGAAAUGUUAAACUUGUCCCAUGUGGACUUAGCUUUGGGGUUAAAGGGUUUGUCCGGUUCAGGGAACAGCGGUUUCACCCAUCAUUAGAGAACACGAGGCGAUUUUACCCUCAUGUUCACAAUAUGGAUGGCUUUUUUGUGGCGAAGCUGCAAAAGAUGAGCAAUUUGAAGCCAUCUGCAGAAAAGUCUGAACUCGGUGAAACAGUGGAGAAAGCCCAAAACAUGACUGAAGAAGAGAAUGCUGAGGAAGAUGACCAACAGAUGUUGACAGAGGAUGAUACUAAAAUUGAAAAUAAGGUUCUGGAAAAAGAGGUUGCUGAAAAUGGGAAACUAAAAUCUCCAGGCACUACCAACCAAAAGAAGGAAUCCCCCGUCACUUUGAAAAGGAGGAAGGGCGCUGGGUUAAGGUCGAAGGAUAUGAAUUUCCCGGCUUUUUUCUCUCAUCUGAAUGGGAAAACCCCCUUGGAACAAAAACAAGAACAGAAAAAGAAAUACCCGAAACUGAAGCACCCUCCUAGAGAGGAAAUAUCAAAAGCCAGGGAAGAGAAGAGGAGAGCUGUCAGGGAAGGAAAAUCUUCCAGCAACAAAGAAUGACCGCCGGACUGAGUUCAAUUGGCAAUUACACUGAUGUGCUGUGUUGAUGCUUUACCAGCAAGCAACCUGAGUGGGGGAUUUGUCAUAGUAUGCUCUCUUUGUAAGCUCCGGUUUGAUACAAGUUGCCCUCUGUACUCUCUACAAUUCCCUAAAGUUUUGUUUUAUUCCGUUUGUCGUCGAACAGAAAUGAUUCCAUGCGUAUUGUACUAAUGCAAUGCUACAAUGACUUCCAUGUUUUAGUAAUUAAACCAAGGCUGAAGGAACGCUGUGGUCUAUAAAUUGGCUUUUCAAUCU